AUGGUUGUUUGGGAUAAGCUGAAUUCACAGUUGAAAGGGGAGGAGGUUGAGUUGGUGGCUUGCAUUAUGAGGAAGAUUUGGCUUAGAAGAAACUCAUUGCUGUUUGAAAAAAAGUUUGAUGACCCGAGAAAUAUUAUAAAAGCUGCAAGCUAUGGAUUAAGGGAGUUUGUCUCUGCUCAAAGGGAUCAACAGAAGGCAGUUGUGAAGGGGUCGAAUGAUAGAAGGAUAACAAAAUGGGAAAAACCUGCAGGUUGGACAGUUAAGGUUAAUUGGGAUGCGGCUGUAGAUGCAAAGAAUAGAAGGGUGGGUGCUGGUGUGGUUAUCAGAGAUUCAGAGGGUGAGUUAUUGGCUUGCCUCUGCUCCAUCUGUGAUCAUGUACAGAAUCCGUUGGUGGCUGAAGCCUUGGCUUUAAGGAGAGCUGCAAUUCUAAGUGUAGAAAUGAGUUUUUCUUCAGUAAUACUUGAAGGGGACUCUCAGUUGAUUGUUAAUGCAGUAAACAGUGAUAAAGAAAUUUGGGCUGAGUAUGGGAAUAUUAUUGAGGAUGUCCGAAAGGUGUUGCUUGAAAGACCAAAUUGGGGGGUUAAAUUUGUGUAUAGGGAAUCAAAUGGUAUAACACACAAGCUAGCUAAACUAGCUUUUACUUUUACUGAUGAAAGGGUAUGGAUAGAAGAAUGUCCAGUAGAUAUCAUACAGGAUAUACAAAAGGAAAAAUACUGUAAUGGCUGA